UCAGUCCUCGCGCCUUCGUACGAGAGAGAGAGAGAGCGUGUGCGUGUGUGUUUGCGUGUGUAUGGAGAGGCGUGAUGGCUCCCUUUCCCGACGAGGUGGACGUGUUCACCGGGCCACACUGGCGAAUGAAGCAGCUGGUCGGUCUUUACUGCGAUAAGCUGACGAAGACGAACUUCUCCAACAACAAUGACUUCCGCGCGUUCCUCCAGACGCUCUGCGCCACCUUCAAGGAGUUCAAGAUCCACGAGCAGAUCGAGAACGAAUACAUCAUCGAUCAGCUGCAGCAGCGCAGCCGCACCACCUACAACGUGCAUUCCGACAACAAGCUCUCCGAGAUGCUGUUGCUCUUUGAAAAGGGCCUCAGGAAUGUCAAAAGCGAGUGCGAACAGCUGAACUACGCUCGGCAGCUGAAAGAGCGGCUUGAUGCUUUCACUCAGGACUUCCUUCCUCACAUGAAGGAGGAAGAGGAGGUGUUCCAGCCCAUGCUGAUGAAGUACUUCACCUACGAGGAGCUGAAGGCCAUAAAGAGACAAGUGAUAGCGCAGCACUGCAGCAAGCAACAGUGGGACACGGCCGCCGAGGUGCUGAAGGGCUUGAACCUGUGGAGUCGGGCCGAGGAGCUACACAAGGCCUUCAAAUACUCCGACCACGAGAAGACCGAGGACGAAUGCGACAUUCAGGCGAGCACACACAUCUCAGCACUGCCUCAGGAGGUCCUGGUGCGGCUGUUCCGUUACCUGGGCCCGGAGGACCUGUGCCGCUGUGGUCAGGUGUGCCGUACCUGGGCAGAGGUGGUUAAAACGGGCUCUCUGUGGAGACACCUGUACCCGGUCCGCUGGGCCAGAGGUGAUUAUUACCGUGGUCCUCCAGGAGAGCCGGACCAGGAUCCCGAUGAAGACUGGGUGCAGAACCUGCAGGACGAAGGACGAGCCUAUCAGGAGUGGGACGAGGACGCGGACGUCGACGAAUCAGAGGAGGCACGCAAGGACUCUCUGGCCAUCAGUGCAGUGCGCAAAGAAAAGAAGUUGCUGAACGGAAUGAUCCAGAACCUUCUCCCAGAGGUUGGGUCAUCGGUUCGCACCCUCAGCCUGGCUUACAGUGCUGCCGUCUCCAGCAAAAUGGUGCGUCAGAUCCUGAGUCAUUGCCCGAAUCUCAUGCACUUGGAUCUCACUCAGACCGAUGUUACCGAUUCAGCUUUUGAAAGUUGGGCAGAGUUGGGGGCGUGUCGCACGCUCGAGCAUUUGGACCUAUCGGGGUGUGAGAAGAUCACUGACUACACGCUGAAGAAUUUGGCCCUGGGUUUAGGAGAUCUGACCGCACCCAGGUUUUCAAAGAACAGCCCCGACUGCAAAAACAAGCUUCUGAAGACGUCGUCGUCUGCCAUCAAACUUCUGGACGAGCGCUCUGGGUAUUCUCUAGGACGCACGCGCACGGCUCUCGUCUUCAAGUGGAGGCCCGGCGGGCGGAGCACGAGCUGCAGCCCCGUUUGGGUUCUGGAUCCAGGCGUCCUCGCCGACAUAGAGGACGCAGCUGAUUGGACUAGGAGAGGAGGCGUGGCGGCUGGAAACGGCGAGGGGCACGAUGAUAUUUUAGGAGUGCAGGCGCAGGAAGGCGGCAGGUCGUGCUGCUGUAGGAGGAGCAUGAAGCGGCGGAGCUUUAGGACUGACAUUGGCUCCGCCUACUUGCAGCAGCUGUAUGGCACGCUGGGGGAAAUGCAGUGUGGUCACUCUACAUGUUGUGGCUCAGACACCUCUUUAAGGACAGUGAAAGGUGCACAGUGUGAGCCUCAAGCCACAGGGGGCAUCACUGAGCUUUGGACUAAAUGCCCUACUGAGGGCAAGACAAGGACUGAACGGUCAGGAGCCUGUAGAGCUCUGAGGUUCCUCAGCUUGUCAGGAUGCUAUCAGAUCACAGACUUCGGCCUGAGGUGUCUCUCUCAGGGAGGAGGACUUCCUCUGCUUGAGCAUCUGAACCUCUCGGGCUGUCUGUUCAUCACUGAAGUGGGACUGCAUGAGCUGGUGUCCGUGUGUCCCUCACUCAACGACGAACACUUCUACUACUGCGAUAACAUCAACGGUCCUCAUGCCGACCGAGCGAGCGGAUGCCAGAAUCUGCAGUGUGGCUUCAGGGUUUGCUGUCGCUCCGGAGAGUGAUCAUCUUUCCCCAGUGGCUCUCUGUUCCUUUUUUUUUUUUUUUCUCCCCCUUUUCUUCCACUUUCUCCUCUCUUUUUAUCCCAUGUUCCUUGUCCCUUUCCUCUUCAGGCUAUCCUUCUCUAUCUCAUGCUCUUCUAUCUCUGCUCACUUUUCUAACCCUGUUGCACCUCCUGCAUUUGCACUUUAAAUAUCGGAGGCGCUCAGGCCGUGCCGUCAAACUCGAGUCGUUUCGCUCAACAUUUAAAAGAGAGGGGAAAAAAAAAACAUUUGUUAAAAUUUCCUGAAGCCUUUGCUUAACAAAGUUAAACGAGUGUAAAUUUUUAGAUUGUUAUUGAAGUUUUGUUGUUUGUCUUGAGUUCAUUCUCUCGCAAUAAGCCGUUUGGAACAGGAAGGUUUGUUUUACUUUAAGUUUGUCCUUUAAACAUUUCUUUAAGCAUGGAAUAUUUGAGUUUGUCGUUUUUUUUUUUCUAGAGUAAUUGUCUUUGCCAGCUGUAGGAUUUAAAAAGUUCGACAUAUUCAUAACAUCAUACCCUGUGAUUACUGUACAGUUAUGUUCUGUAAAUAUCUGCUUUGCUUCUUUUCCCAUUUUCCAACGCGGCAUCGGAGUAAAGCAGGUUUUCGGUCCCGUACACGGGCUUGUGAAGGAAUCCAACUAAAAAUGAAAUCGUGCUCCAAACCUUAGAGGUUCAACCAAACGAACACUGAAAUAUAAUUUGCAACCGGAAAGGUUAUAGCUGCAAAAGUAUCACUCUUUACACAUGGUUUCAUCAUCCAAUAGCAGAAGGUUUAAUGUAUUAAAAAAUAAUCCCGUGCUGUUGAAUUACUCCGAUAUAUAAAUAAGUGUUGUGUCAGCAACCACGUCUGCAACCAACACUGCUUUUGCUGUCCUGUGGCAUCAUGGGGACCUGAAGAUAAACCCGUUUCGAUCCUUUUCUCAUCGCUGUUUCCUCAAAAUAUCCAGUUUGUUUAUGAAUAGUAGGUUUUAAACAUCCAGGGAUUUUAUUUUUUUCCAUGAUUGCUGUAUUCUCACCUCCCUGAUGAACCACAUGGAGCAGGGGAAACACACCAGGGUUCUAUUCAAACCAUCUAAACUCUAACACCAACAUCAAUCAGUUGAACGUUUUCUUCAAAGCCGAAUUUAGUGUUAAACUGCGUUGCUUGUUGAAAUGAAACUUCUAAAUAAACCUUCUCCUUAA